UUUCUGUAACAAACCCUUAAUCCUAAUACCAAGGCUCGGAACUCAGCUGUGAUAGGGAGAAAGAGAAAGAGCAGCCAAAAUGUCUUCGUUUUUGCAGUCACUUUUGGAUCCGAAGAAGAGCUGGUUGGCAUCUCUGCAUAUGAAGUCCCUUACCAAUCGCCUCCGCAAUUACGGCCUUCGUUACGACGAUUUGUACGAUCCGUACUACGAUUUGGAUAUCAAGGAGGCAUUGAACCGGUUACCCCGUGAGAUCGUCGAUGCCCGUAAUCAACGCCUUAAGCGUGCAAUUGAUCUCUCCAUGAAGCACGAGUAUCUCCCUGAAGAUCUUCAGAAAAUGCAGACACCAUUUAGGAGCUAUCUUCAAGAUAUGCUUGCCCUUGUGAAGAAGGAGAGAGAGCAACGCGAAGCUUUGGGAGCCUUGCCUUUGUAUCAGCGAACCAUUCCUUAAGGGUUCUUGAGUUGUAUCUCAUAGCAACUGCUGUUGAAUUGUUUGUCGAACGGUAUUUCAAUACCAGAGGACUGAAUUUUCACCUUCUCCUGUUUUGGUUGGUUACAGUCAUCUGUGUCUGUUUUUGAAUUGGAUCGCUGAUUAAAGCUUAUUUUGUUGGCAGUGUCCCAAUAAGAUAACGGAAUUGUGAAACUGCAAUUUACGCUUUUGAAUGCAAGGAGAGCAAUUCUAGAAUAAA